AUGCAAGCAGCAUCGGCAGGCAACAUUGGUCUUGUGAGAGUUGUCAUCCAACUAGGCAUAAACGUAUCUACACAAGCUGAUGAUGGUUCUACUGCUUUACAUUGCGCUUCCAGGGCCAACCAGGUUGAGAUGAUUGACCUUCUUAUUACGUUGGGAGCUCAGUCAAGCGUCCGCAACGACAAUGGAAGGACACCCCUACACGAGGCUGUAUCCGGUCGUUGUAUACCCGCGUUCGGUGCCCUUGUGAAGAGAACAGCGGAUAUCACCAAACAUGUCCUCCGAGAAACAAUAGAGACAGACCAGCAUGGGCUUUUCCAGCAAGCUUGGGAAAGCUGUCCCAAGGAGAUGCUUGGGACUAUCGGUCGUAGUCUUUUCGAUAUUGCAGCAAGCUCCACACAGACAGCGACUAUGGCUACACUACUGUUGCUACCUGAUAUCACACCAGAGUGGAUUUUCAGCGACAUGAUUUCCACCAUACGCCGGAUCGUCCUGAAAGAGCAGAUAGCUAUGCUGGAAUGUUUACUAGAAUCUACGAAGUUAGAUCCUAUCAUCAACAAAUCUAUCGGCGGUUGGAGUACUGGCAAUCUGAUUCACUUUGCCGCCGCCCAUGGGCGCGCUGAGGUUGUUGGACUUCUUCUCAAGUACAAAAUCGUCGACCCAAACCUGGUACCAGCAUUUUGUAGACUCUCACCUAUAAACAUUGCAGCUUCGCGUGGUCACUUCGAAAUCGUGGAAAAGCUACUUGAAGACCCUGGUAUCAUUCUGAACUCUAGGACGGGGUGGGGAAAUUAUGCAACAAACCCUCUGCUUCUUGCUUGCCGAAAGGGGCACGUGGAGAUCGUACGAUUGAUGCUCAAAACCUUCGACGAACGGGGACUUGAUGUGGAUGAUACAAGCGGAUGUUUUUACAGAAGAACGCCUUUUCAAACCGCCGUACUCUCUGGACAUACAGAGGUCGUAAAGCUCUUGCUGCUUCGGCAGGAUAUCGAUGUAAACAAAAUCGUCGGAAAUACACGGUGGAGCAUAUGUCAGGUAGCAGCAUGGCGCGGGCAUGCUCAAACCUUGGAUGUGCUGCUCGAGGAUUCCAGGACUGAUCUAAGCAAUACAAUGAAUGGCCGAGUUUCAUUGCUAUUCAAAGCCGCCAUGGAAGCACGUUGGCCUUUAGUUGAAGUCCUGCUCGAUUAUGACGAAGCCUCUCCGCAAGAUACGAUACGUAAACUCUCCACCCGAACAAACAUCGUAGGAAACCGUAUCGAUAUUCUGGAGAAUCUCCUAGUCGAUGAAGGAUUCCGUGAACACUGCACGAAACAAGGAAGAGUGAACCUCUGGCUAGUGGCCGCAAGAACCAAUAAUCUAGCACUCGCGAUGCUCCUCCUUGAACACACCCAGAGGAACAAAGGAAUGCACCAUCCUGCUACGGAUGUCAAUCGUAGAGAUAGCACGGGUGAUACACCACUACAUGUUGCGUUACUAUCUGCAAGGAUUGGUGUUGUAGAGCUCCUGCUUCACCACAAGGAUAUCGACAUCAAUAUCAUCUCGAAAGGAUGGGCUGGGGACUCUGCCGUACAGAGGGCAAUAAAGUACACCAAGUACAGCUGGAAGCCUAAGGAAGCUCCCUCUUACAUAAUAGAUCUUCUUUUAGCCCAUGGUGCUCAGAAGCCGCACAAACGAAACGACGACACGAACAAUCUCAUUCUUCCACCAUUACCCACCCAAGCGGAGGACUCAAACAAUCUCAUAAUGCCAUCCUUAUUCGAGUGUGCGGACGCAGAAGGUUCUCAUUCAGCCAGGGGAAAAGAAAAUCUGAGACAGAGCACGCAUGCGUCAUGGGCUUCAAUUGUUGGGAUCCAAGGCAAUAGCGUUGGGUCUGGAGAGAUGGAUAGAAACGACAAUGUGUUGGGCGACAUGACCCCGAAGUAUUCGGACGACUGGUUGGAAGAAGACCCUGACGUAAUUUUCGAGGAGUGGAUGCACUUCGACGGUGGGGAAAUGAUCGAAGAUAAUUGCUCAGAGAUGCUGGAUUAG